AUGAGUCAACACGCACAACCUUCCCAUAAUGAUCAUCACGACGAGAGAGAAUACCACAUUGUUUCAUCACCUCUCUUGCCCAUCGAAAAGGUCAAUGAAUGUAAACAAUAUUGGAAAAAAGUGAUGCAAUCUACUUCGUCUUGUUACUUGCUUCAAAGUGCUGAGUACAUUAAACAACACCCUCAGGAUUAUAUGCAUGCAUAUAUGAACUACCCAUCGUAUUACCAUGCAGAGGCCCUUUUCAAUUAUGCACCCGAUCAAUUGGGUGCUGACAAUGUUUGGACAUUUGUGUCCAAGGCCGACCAAUUCACUGACGAGAUCAAGGAAUUACAAAACAAGAUCAAUAAGAUGGAUUUUAUUCAAUUAAUUGAUUAUGUUGAACAAGAGAAUGCCAAAAACCUUUCCAAACUCGCGUCUGAUGUUCCGGAGGCCAAUUACAAGUACAUUCCAGCAAUGAUUGUUCAAGGACGUUACACUCCUCAAAAUGCCGCAUACUUUUUAUAUCAAUGGUUAGGCUAUGUCGAACAAAAGAUGCAAGAAUUGAAAAACGAUGAUUAUGAAUCCUUGGUUUUUGCCAAGAGCAUGCUCAUUCAGAAAUUGAAACGUGCACUUGUAUGGAGAACGUAUUGCAAUGGAAAACUUGAAGAUUUCUUACAGAGUGAUGAACAAAAGGAACCUCAAAUGGUUGCUUCCUGGAUGUCAGACUCGUUUAAACCUUUGAUUGGCUUCCCAAAGGUGAAACUUGAAGUUGUGAACAAGAUUUUGACAGAGGCUGGAACACCUGCAUUGGAUGAAAAGGUCGAUCUCAAAUCACUCUCCGAUUAUUACAUCUUGUUAAAUCGAUUGGAGUCGCUGUGUGGUGUGAAUGAACACUCUGUGGUCUCGUACCGUGAACGUAAGCGAUCUGGCAAGAAGAGCGGUAAUACUGACAAUUAUUGUUAUGGACCAAAAAAACAAAACACUCUCACCGCUGUCUAUAAGGGACUCAAUCAUACGGAAAGAAAAGAAAAACUCCACAAAUCCUUACACCAUUUUAGAAAGUAUAAUAGAGCCUUGUUGGUUGCAGGAAAAUUGAGAGGACGACUCAACAGAUUCUUUGAUCCCUACGUCACUGGAUUGUGUGCUCGAAUUGAUAAGAGUGGACUGAUCACACAAACCUUCACACCAGAAUUUUACCUCUUUGAGGAUGACAUUAAGGCUUUGGUGUCUGAUGACUCUAAAUUUGACAUUUUAACUGUCUUGUUUGGUUGUAUGGCUAUCAGCGAAUUCAGUGUGAGAAAGGCAUUCACCAUUGAGUCACAAAUGCAAGGUGGUUUAGAUGAAUUAUUGUCCUACUUGUUGACACUCAUGCGUGGAAGAGAAGAACAAACCAAGUGGGAAAUUGUUGGUUCUGUCUAUCCCGUAGAGGACGUUAUGAAUCGUAUGAAUGCUGACACCAAGUCUGAGCUUUUAGCUCAAUUCCUCUCCAUUCAAAUUCCAAUUGCCAAAUUCUUGGAAUCUCAGUGGUUAAAGGGAGUCGAUAAGUGCACCAAGAAAGACAUGAUGGUUCCACGUAGAGGAACAACCAAGAUUAAUACUUCAGGAUGGAACCAAGCCAGUGGAGCAUGGAACAAUGCCAUUCGUUUUAUUAGAGCCAUCUCCAAGUCUCUGGGUCAAGAAGCUCCUCUCAUUAUGAAAUGUAUGAAGUUGACAGCUGCUGAUCAAAUGCGUUGGGCUCAAAUGGCUGGAAAAGAGGAACCUGAUGAUGUUCCAGUGUUUAAGAAGCUCACUUUGGAGAAGAACAUCACUCCGUGGGGAAUUGUUUUGGAGACAGUGAAGGCCACUCGUGAAGACAUUAUUUUAGCAUGUCAAGAGUGUAAGGUCGAUCCAAAGAAGUGGCUUGGAUACGCACAAGAAAGAACCGCUGAAUCUAAAAUUCACCAAGACAUGAUUUGUGGUUGUGUGGUGCCCAAUGUUGCGAGUGUGCAAAUGUUGUUAAAGUCGUUGGGUGCAUUUGGUUACAAGCCACAACAACAAUAA